UGGGUUGUGUACGAGAUCCGGCGAGCCCGUUGAUGAUGAAGAUGAUUGCCUUGGGGCUAUAACCCAAAAAAGUUGUUGUUUUUUGAUGAUGCCGAAAAUAUAAUCAUGGAGACUGCUAGAGAGUCUCUGUGACAAUAUAACCAACAGUGAAAUUUUGAAUAAAAACAAAAAACCAUACCGUUGGACGUUAGGCUCUCGUGCGAGAAAUUGUUUUUUUUUUUCGUUAUCUCUGAAGUGAAAUUGUUUUGAUAAAAAAGUAUCGAAUAUACAGGGUACAGAUACACACUAAUUUUGACUGUGUGUAUCAUAUAUUUGUAACGGUCGGGGUUCAACAAGUGUUGUUAGAUAAAAAGGAACCGUUCAAGGCUUUCAAACCUCCGGAGAUGUUUUUAAGACUUUAUUCAUUGGUGAUUUUGGCGCUAGACCUUGUGACGGUACUAUUUGGAGUAUGGUUUGCGAUUUUAGUAGCGCUGUACCAAACAUUCAGACCUCCUGCGCUAAAAAAUCUUAGCGGAGAGCUCGCAAUGGUUGUUGGCGCUGGACGCGGAGUUGGUAGAGAAAUUGCCAUUCAAUUAUCACAACUGGGUGUUUCCGUUGCAUGCAUUGAUAUCAACGCAAAUAAUUGCUGUUCAACUGUGAGACGUUCUCACGUUGGCAUGGCAAAGGCAUUUAUAUGCGAUGUGACGGACCAAGUACAGGUACGUCGCACUGUGGAGUCCAUAAGAUUGGAGAUGGGUGGUGAUGUAACAAUGGUUCUUCAUUGUUGCGGUGUUCCGAGCCCAAGAGCCCUCAUCCAGGAAGCACCAGAAGUCAAACGAACUUUAGAAGUUUCAGUUCUCAGCCAUUUUUGGCUUUUAGAUUCAGUUCUACCGGGCAUGCAACGCGCUGGGCGUGGACAUAUUGUCGCCUUGUCGUCGGUAGCUGGUCUUUCAGGGGGUACAAAUAUCGGAGGAAGAGUCCCAAUUUCAACGGCUCAGUUUGCCGUUCAAGGUUUUGCCGAAUCGUUGCACACUGAAUUUCGCCAAUCGAACAGCAAUAUUAUAAUGACACUCGUACACGUGUAUCCAUUCAUCGUUGGAGCCGAGGCAGCUAAAGACAUUCGUUUAAGAAUACCAAGCUAUUUUGGCACGAUGCCUGCGACUGAUGCAGCAAGAAUGAUAUUGAACGGUGUGAGACGUAAUUAUGCAGAAUUCAGCGUCCCCGGAUAUCUUUUAUAUCUUGGCCACAUAUUGAGAAUACUUCCAAAGAAGGCUUCGUUCAUGCUGAGAGAUCUUUUAGACACCGGAGUCGAUUUCGGUUGAUUACGGGCUGUUCCUAGGUUCGGUAUUCGAUACGAAUAUCAAAGUCACGAAUAUAAAUGUAUAUAUAUACAUAUCUAUAUAUUUUUUUUCAAGUUUUCGUGUGUUGUAAUCUUCGAGAAUUCUUCGAAUAAGUUAUUUCGAAGGUUAGGGCAAUAGUGUCGGAGGAUAAAAAAUAAUAAACCAGAGAUUUGAGUCGUCUUGUCCGCGUGUCCAAAAA